CCUGAGACUUCGCGUUUGAUCUUGAACAUGGGGCACCCAAACGCAAGCCUCUCGGAGCCCCUUCUUCCAUGAAACGGCCCAUGGAACACAACUCCUGCGAGCCUGAGUGGACACUGUUCGGUGAAGCACCGGCUCCGGUGCCGGAGGUUGGCACAUCAGGUGGAGUCGGCGGUGUUGCGGCGGAAGAGCAUCCUUACUUCAAGAAGCGCAUUUUUGCGGAUGAGCCUCUAAAGGAUGCGUUGGAUGAAUAUGUUCCAACCGCCUGCGACCUUUUGAUGGCGGAGGGACGAGCUGCUUCAGCCCUGCUGCUGGAAGCCGCAAAAGCCUUUGAUGCAGGCCAUUUGGACCAAUGCGCCAAGGCAGCCGCACAAUGCGCUGCUGCCGCCUGGCACCUCUUGCAGAAGUCUCCCACUGAAGCGGUGCUGCAUGCCCACGCCUUGUCGCAUGCGAUGCUGGCUGCAACUGAAGCUGAUGAACAAAAAGCAAUGCUUCAUGCAGACCUGUCACUGUCUUUGUGUCCCGAUCUCCCGAUCGCAGCAGUCCAUACGGUCAUGAAGCUGUGCAACGAACGCUGUCAAAACGUGCUUCCCAUCCUUGAGGAUGGUCUAGCAUGGGAAAUACCAAGCAUGCUACCAGCAACGGCAAAAACACCAGAAGUUCAAAAGCCCAUAAUUCGAAAGCCGUGUUCACAUCUUUCGGUGAUGGGUUUCCGAGAUGCUUUUCUGAAGACCCAACAGCCUGGAGUGAUUGAAGGUCACCUGCUCUCUGCUGGAUGGAGCACUGCAAGGUGGAGUGAUUUGAGGUUCUGGGCCGGGCGUCACGGCCAUAGGACCAUUCCAAUUGAGAUGGGAUUUCACGAGAAUGAUGCGCAAAGUAUAGCCCUUCAGCAUUCAGACUCCGAGGGAAGCAUGCGGCUCGGUGACUUUGUAAGGCGCUUUUUACUGCCUUCCAAUACAGUUCUGAAGAACGGAUUUGUCAGGUCGUCUGAAGCCAUUGAUGAGUGGUCAGCUUCUCCUGUCGCCUACAUGGCACAGCAUCAGUUGCUUUUGCAAAUUCCAGAGCUGCGAAGAGAUAUUUUAAUUCCGCAAUAUUGCGCCUUGGGAGAGCUCCAGACAGUGAACGUUUGGAUUGGGACUGCUGGCACUGUCACUGCUUUGCAUUAUGAUUUGGACGACAACUUUCUUGUGCAAGUCUCUGGCUAUAAGUACUUGCGCCUUUAUAGCCCAGCUGAGGGGGAACGGCUCUAUGCAAGGGAUGCUCCUCGAGAUCGUCAGAAAAAACACGGGGCCUCCUACUCACCUGUCCGUGUCGAGCAUCCUGAUCUCGAGGUGCACCCUGACUUUGCUCAUGCUGCUUUUGUGGAGACCAUCCUGGGACCAGGAGACAUGCUUUUCAUUCCAAGGCGAUGGUGGCAUUAUGUACGAUCUCUUACCACAUCCAUUUCUGUGAAUUUUUGGUUUUGAUUCCAAAUGAUCCAAAUCAAUUAAUGGACGUAUAAUAUAAUAACAAUAAUUAAUAACAAAGAUAUAUUAUAUUUUAUUGAUUUCAAUAGAGUCACGAAAGCCAGCCGAUAGGCUCGGCUGGAGUUGGGUUGGGCAAAC